GAGUGAUGCGGGUGAUUGGAAACACCUGUGCGUGGUGAUCGGCAGCAGCACGUGCGUCGUCCCCGUCUUCCUCGAGCUCUCAGCAGAGUCUCUCCAUGGAGUUUUGACUGGUUGCAUGAUGGGAAAACAAAUGCCGAUGUCAGCUGCGGUUGGUUGUUUCCGCCCUGUUGUGUUGCUGCUGCUGCUAGUGACCUGCGUGUUCCCGCUGCUCAGCUCCUCCCUGGCUGCUUCCGAUGCGCUCCCCGGCUUGGAGGACGUCACCUACCCGUACCACAGCAUCCUGUCCCCGCUACUCAGGGCCCUGUCAGAGCACGGAGUGUCCAGGUGGAGCUCGGGCCUGAGGAGAAAGAUGAAACCAGAGCACAGAUACAUGAAAUAUCUGACGGAGGUUUACAAGACGUCCUCCAGAGUACAGAGGAGCGUUGAUGGAAACCAAAUCCCCAACACCAUCAGACUGAUCAAGCCCCAAGAAGCGUGUCUUCCACGGAGUAAUAAUGGUCACUUUAUGCAGAUCUUAUCCUACAGUCUGGAUCAGGUGAGAAGGAAGGAGCAGCAUCUGAGGUCAGCCCUGCUAUACAGCUUGGUCCGGGACAACUGGACACCUGUCCACGCUGUGUGCCACCUGAGCAUCAAAGAACAGGGGCAGUCACGCCAGUGCCCGCUGUGUGUGGGGAUCCACCGCACUCUGAACUUUACCACUGGCAAUGACGAGAGGCGGCGGCGGAGCCGGAGCUGGGUGGAAGUUGACGUCACUUGGUUUUUUCAGCAUUUUGGGAAAGAUCAGAAGAAUAUAAAUCUGCUCAUCAAUGUCACCUGCCUGGAGGAACCAAACACCAGAAGCAAUGUCUCCAGAGAGACGCUAGAAUUCAUCCUGAGAUCUCCUCCUCUGAUUCUCUAUCUUAAUGACACAAGUAAAGUCGCCCACCAGAGAUCACCGGUCAAUGCUAGCACAGAUCAAAGGUUGUCCAGCUCAUUUCAGAAGCUGAGACGUGGACAUAAGAGGAGAUGGAGGAGGGAUUCUUCAAAAAGUAAGCAAGGCAACAUGCAGCUGCCUGAGCUUCUGCCCAGCUCUGAGUUCCCAACAACCGACUGUGCCCUAUAUGAUUUCAAAGUGCGAUUCAGUCAGCUCGAAAUGGAUCACUGGAUUGUUUUCCCGCCAAAGUACAACCCCAGGUACUGCAGCGGUAUCUGCCCAAGAACCAUAGGCUUCAUCUAUGGUUCGCCGGUCCACACCAUGGUGCAGAACAUCAUCUAUGAGAAGCUGGACUCAUCCAUACCCAGACCCUCGUGUGUCCCCUCCCACUACAACCCCCUCAGCGUCAUAAUCUUUGAAGAAGACGGCUCCUAUGUCUACAAGGAGUUCGAGGACAUGGUUGCUACGCGGUGCACGUGUCGCUAAGCUAACAUCAGUGUCUGAAUUUGUCAAACUGUUGCACAUGAAAGCUGAUCUGGAGCAGGUGUGUUUAAAAUAUUUUAUCAUGUUAAAAGAAAGCUGCCAUUAUUUAAGACAAAUGGUAAUGAUACAUCUUGUUCAACUUGCAUGGUGGAGUCAAACACACAAAAUAAAAAUAUUUAAAUGUCUUUUUUUAAGUUUGUCUUCAGUUAAUUUAUUUUGAGAUUAGUCAUUAUUCUUUAUCACGGUUGUCCUUUUUUUAUUUUAGUAGCACCGUUCUGGACCAGAAAACAACGUAGCAGUCACAAUUUCUUAUCAAACCUUUUACAUGUUUGUUUUAUUCCUUAGGAUGAUGUUCAGCUGUCUUUACAACCUCCAGAGUGGAUGUUAAGGCUUCAGUAUGUAUUUAUUAGCUUACCUCUUGUCAAGAAGUGACUAUGUGUUUGUAUUUGAAUGUGACUGAAUGCAUAUCGUGUAUUUAUGUGAGCUGGAUGAAUUUACUGUGCUCGGAUAAUGAAUAUAUAAAAGUGUGGAAGAUGUUGAUUUCUGAUAAGUGGGAAAAUUAAAAUAAUAUAUAUGCA